UCCGCCGGCAGCCGCGGCAGAAGGACCCACCCUGCCCCCCACCCCACCCUCCGCCGGCUCCGGCUGCGGCUCCAGCCGCGACUAUUAUUUUAUUUAUUUUGGGUCGUGCACAAGCCUCAGUGCCUGCAGCCCGCGCCGCCUCGGCCCACGGGCGCCUCCUCCCUCGGCUCCGGAGCCUCAGACCCCGGCCGCGCUCGGCUCCACACCCCAGACCCCCGCCCGCUGCCGCGAGUCCCCGCGGCUGGAAUCUUGUUAGCGGCUGUCUUUUGGGGGGCUUCUAGUUUCCCGACAUUUUUGUUUCCAGCCAAGGAGAGGAUAUCGUGAUUUUUCCCCCUUUGAGCCCAGGCUCUGCUCUCUGGGGGGGUGGGGGGCGCGCCGAGCCGGGGAGCCGUGCCAGCAGAGUCGUGCGGGCUGUGGCAGGGAAGGGGCCACCAUGGGAUGUACUCUGAGCGCAGAGGAGAGAGCCGCCCUGGAGCGGAGCAAGGCGAUUGAGAAAAACCUCAAAGAGGAUGGCAUCAGCGCCGCCAAAGAUGUGAAAUUACUCCUUCUGGGGGCUGGAGAAUCAGGAAAAAGCACCAUUGUGAAGCAGAUGAAGAUCAUCCAUGAAGACGGCUUCUCCGGAGAAGAUGUGAAACAGUACAAGCCUGUUGUCUACAGCAACACCAUCCAGUCCCUGGCAGCCAUUGUCCGGGCCAUGGACACUUUGGGCAUCGAAUAUGGUGACAAGGAGAGAAAGGCCGACGCCAAGAUGGUGUGUGACGUGGUGAGCCGGAUGGAAGACACCGAGCCCUUCUCUGCAGAGCUGCUUUCCGCCAUGAUGCGGCUCUGGGGUGACUCAGGAAUCCAAGAGUGCUUCAACCGGUCUCGGGAGUAUCAGCUCAACGACUCUGCCAAAUACUACCUGGACAGCCUGGAUCGGAUUGGGGCCGCCGACUACCAGCCCACCGAGCAGGACAUCCUCCGAACCAGGGUCAAAACCACGGGCAUCGUAGAAACCCACUUCACAUUCAAGAACCUCCACUUCAGGCUGUUCGACGUCGGGGGCCAGCGAUCUGAACGCAAGAAGUGGAUCCACUGCUUCGAGGACGUCACGGCCAUCAUUUUCUGUGUCGCGCUCAGCGGCUAUGACCAGGUGCUCCACGAAGAUGAAACCACGAACCGCAUGCACGAAUCCCUGAAGCUCUUCGACAGCAUCUGCAACAACAAGUGGUUCACGGACACGUCCAUCAUCCUGUUUCUUAACAAGAAGGACAUCUUCGAGGAGAAGAUCAAGAAGUCCCCGCUGACCAUCUGCUUUCCUGAAUACACAGGGCCCAGCGCCUUCACGGAAGCCGUGGCUUACAUCCAGGCCCAGUACGAGAGCAAGAACAAGUCGGCCCACAAGGAGGUCUACACCCACGUCACCUGCGCCACGGACACCAACAACAUCCAGUUUGUCUUUGACGCCGUGACGGACGUCAUCAUCGCCAAAAACCUGCGGGGCUGUGGCCUCUACUGAGAGCCCCGGCCGCCCUGCCUGGCACCCACCGCCCUGCCCCGCCUGCUGCCCCCCCCACCCCCGGAACCAGAGCUCCGCCACCCUCAGACCACUCCUUGCACUUGAGGAAGAACACCCCAGAGGCUGGCAGCAAGGGGCGGGGAGUGUCCUCCACCUGCCCCACCCCAGGCCCGCGACAUCAGAACCCGGGGUAACGCGGGGGCAGGGCUGGGGUGCUGAGCGCAGCCCAGGAGGCCAGGAGACUCGAGCCUCUGUGGCCUCCGCUGUCACUGCCGCCACAUGUUGCAUUUAGAGGCCGGGAAGGGAGGAGGGCCGCCGUUUGUCCAGGACGGGCACAGCCUGCACUUGAUGACUCUCUUGAAGUCUUGGAGUGUCCUCCUGUCAUCGGGGGUGGCAGGACAGCCCCGUGGCAGGGUGCUGGCAGGUCGGAGGCAGUAGGGGCCAUCCCCCAGCUUUGCCUGGGGUCUCUGGUCCAGGGCAGCUCCAGAACCAAGCAAACUUCCUGUGCGUCUGCGGCUCGGGCCUGGGCGAGUGCCUUGCUCCUCCCUCCCCUUGGGGCUCAGCCCCUCCUGCUCUGUGUGCCCUUCCGCAGCCAUUGCCCUGCCUAGGCCUGGAGAUGCUUCUGAAGCCGCCUUAUCCCAAAGGCAGUGGGCAGGGUGGCAGGAGGGCUGAGCGCGCGGCUGGGACAGAGGUUCGGGAGAGGAGGGGGUGCCGGCGAGGGGCUGUGGGGGCAGCUCUGCGUUGCCUGGCCUGGGGCCUCCGCCUGGGCCUUGCAGGCCCAAAGAUGACCCGUCUGCUUUCUCCAGCUGCCCUGGGCUCAGGCAGCCGCCCCAAGGUGUGCGUAGAUGUGCUUUAUCUGAUUCACAGUGAAUUCAUUUCAAGCCCGCAGGCGCAGGCAGAGGGCUUUGGUCUAGGGGUUCUGUAGCUGGGGCGGCCCUGGGUGGGGUCUGUGGAGCAGGCCCCUGCGGCCAGUGCCCUGCUUCGCUCGUCUUGGUGAGGAAAUCGGGGAGUUUGUCUGCAGCAUUUGGUGUCCCCCCAGCCCCUGGGGGCAGAGGGGGCGGGUGGAUGGGACCAAUCGCCUGGGUGAGCUGUGAAGGUCCCAGUCAGACUCAAACACGCCCCCCUGCCCCCCACUUUAGGGGGAGAGUCCUAGGACCCCUUAGAGGGGCUUCACUGCAGAGACCCCUGAGCAGAAAGGGGUGGGGUAUCCUCUGUGACCCCGGUCCUAGCUGGCCUUGGGUAAUCGACACACCCCUCUCACUCCGAGGUGCCCAGGCCGGCCUGUGUGCUCGUGGCAGGCUGUGCCUGGGGACCCAGCCCGCGCCUUGAGAGGCCUCUGCCUCCCUCCUCCAGCCCUCCGUUCCCCCGGCCGCCACUCUGGGCCCUGCUCAGUCCCUGGCCGGGCAGGCCCCUGGGCUCGCACGUGCAGCCCUCUGGACUGCCCCAGAGCCAGGAAGAGCCUGUGCCAACAGCUCGGGCUUGUUGGCCCCAACAGGUACAGAGCUCUGGGUGGUGCAUGGGAGAUCCAGGGGACCCUCCCUGGUGCCAAAUGCCUACAGGGACGGUGCCUCCAGGAGCCCCUCCCUGGUCUGGCCGUCCUGCUGCUGCCUGUAGCAGCCAGGCUGCAGGAGCUGCCCUGCCAGCCCAAAUCCACUUUUGUUUGCUCACCUAUGGUGUUUUGGAACUGGUACCAGGUGCUGGGACGUGGCAGAAAGUGUCCAUGUCCUGCCAUGGGCGGCCAGGGCCAGCCAAGCCAUUUGCCCACAUUGCCGACAGCAGCCGUUUCCAGCAUCACCGCCCUGGCUGAGGCAGCCAUGCCCCUAAUGCUGCUCCAGACUGUGACCCCAACUCAGAGCAGCUGGCAAGAGGCCAAGGCCAAACCCCACCUCUAAGGCCAUCACCUGCCAGUGGGCCAACGGCCCUCCAGCCCCAGAGCUCUCCACCUCUGCCAGCCGCCCCUCAAACCACAGGGGGACAGUGGCCAGAGCCCCGGGCUGGGCUCAGGGCUGGGCUCAGGACCGCAGACCCCUCUGUGGAACCAGGGUGGGGAGCAGGUGCUCGGGCCGUCCCACCCCUGGCCCCAGGCUGCCUCCCUCCCCCAGACAUGCGUGGCUCUCUGCCUCUUGCCUCCCACCGGCCUGCCGGGGUCCUUGUCCUUCCGAGGUAUCCAGGGAGAAACUGUCUCCCCGUGCGCGUCUCCCGUCUGUGUCAUCGCUGGCAGCUCCACCAGGGGAGGACGACUGAGGGUGACAGGCAGGUUUCGGCUCCGUCGUGAAUGUGGACGUGGGGAAAUGCAAGUGAACAGACGUGGGGGUGUCUUGCCCACAGUGGCCCGCGUGUGCUGCCAUGGGGCCAUGGGCAGCUCUCGGCAUGGCUCCAACUUAGCAGGCCAAGGGGAAAGUGACUUCUAGGAAGUGCCUAUGCCAAACGUGUAUGCCUGUGGGCACGCUCCGUGCCCUGCACCAUGGCCGUCGUACGAGCCAGGUCUCAUCCUUCCCUCUGAGCACUGACGGAGGUCCCCAAGGCUCUCUGGCCUGACUGGAGGGGUGAGGGGUGCCCGAGGCCCAAGGCUCAGCUGGACUCUGGCCUGAGGAGGGCGUGGGGUCUGUCCAGCCCUGAGCAGAGAACACAGUGUGGGCCCCGCCGACAGCUUUGGCAUUCUGGGCUCCGUGCAGACCCUAGGUGCCCGCUGCCCUGUCCCUUCCUCUCCCCGCUGGGCCCAGCAGAGCCUGGGGCCUGUCUGUGGCUGUGCACUCCCACCGGGGCUAGUGGGCACGCCCAGGCAGGAGCCCACCACACCUGGUGCAGAAGGUGCCUCUGCUCCUGGGCCCUCCCCAGCCCAGCUCCACACCCCACUGUGGGAACUGGAGGGCCCUGCUCUCUGGGUACUGUACUGGGCUUCCCCGAGUGUCCCCAGGGACAGGAGCAGCCCCAAGUCCCCACCGCUCAGCCCCAUAAACAGGCCAUCUUCUCUGCAAGCCGGUUUCACCCAAGCCCUUCCCUCGGCCAGUGAGUCCUGCAGGGGAGAGCAGCCCCAGCUCCCACCCGCACGGCUCACGGUUAGAGCCGGGGGCUCUCUCUGGAAGUCCUUCCUUAUCUCUAGCCCGCAUCCUUCCUCACCUCCCCCUUUCUUUCUUGUUCUGACCUAGCGCCCUCUUCAACACCCUUGGCAAGUAAAUCCACACAGCCCAGGAGGGUUCUCAGUGAACCCUCAGUCCCUUUCCUCCAGACCGCGUGGUGGCCUGCACGCCCCCUUUUUGGGAAGUCUGGGCGCAGAGCCCCUUCCGCUGCCUCUGCUCUUUUCGGAGUCUCUGGAAGCCUUCAGGUAGUCCUCAGGCUCCGGACCCGAGGCUCUGGCAUCAUGGCCACCAGAGGUCCGGUCUGGGGUGCUGAAAACAGUCACCCCUCCAGCCAGUUCCCCGGUCAGGCCACAAGCCGACAGAGUGAGGGGUCCCAGCAGCGCAGGGAACAGGGCCAAGGCCUGACCUGCUGUGACGGGGUCUGUGGUCGGGCUGCCCCUCCUCUGCAAGAAGAGCCCUGAUCCCCCUGCCCGGAGAGUGGGCUGGAGCCUCCGGACACACCCCGCUCCAGCCAGGUGACGGCCCCUGUCAAGGAAGGGGCAGGACAGACCCCUCGUUGAGAGGGGCUCCCUCUGGAAGGGGAGCUGUCAUCCCAGGCCCAGCGCCAAGACCACCAGCGUAAACACACAGCCCCUCCCAGCAGAGCCCACGGCCGUGCCUGGGGCGUCUCCCUCCCCUGCCCGCCACACGCCCCGUGUCUGCCCUCCCAGCUCUCAGCAGCGGGCCCUUCACCCCUGCUCUCCUCUACCCUGCUGGCCUGGCCCCCACCCCCACUGCCCCCCGCGCCCCUCCCGCCCACACCCUCCUUAGCGGAGCCUUCGCUCUUAGGUGCAGUGGUCCCCUCUCCACCCGCCGCCGCCACCCACCCAUAUUAACUGUCAUUUUGUAAGAGAAGUGACUUGUUGGUUUAAUAAAUCUCUAGUUAUUGUAAUAAUUUAUUGGCUGCCGUAAUGUAUUUAUUAGUCACCUACCGUUAAUAAAAAGUGCCAGCUUU